CGCGGGGGCGGCGCGGGUUGCCUUUGCGCCGGCCUGGGAGCUGUGCAGUCGGUGCGGCCGAGUGGACGCCGGGUCCCCGCCGCGCCCCCGUCUUCCCGCUGCAGGGCCCAGGGGCCCAGCAUGGCCCCGCGUUCCGAGCCUGAGCCCCAGGGUGACGGCCCCCGAACAAAAAGCCAGCAGGGCCGGGCGGCUUUGUCUGCGCCCCGGAGAGGCUGCCGCCCCGUCCUUCCCCGGUGUGCGGUGGGCCGCGGCCGCGGGCCCUGCACCUUCCCCAUCGUGCUUUCUCCCGGUCCUGCUCGUCUUCGGGAAGGCGCGGGAACAAGCGGAGGAAAUGAUUGUUGUUGCAUACUGUUAUACAUGUGGGAAAAAAAAUUACCCAGCCAGUCACAGGUUUCUUUUUAAUUAAAAAAAGAAUCAUUUUUAAUUUUCCUUUUUAAGUAUAUGGGUUUUGCCUGCUUUUAUGUCAGUGCUCUGCUGUGUGUGGCUGGUGCCUGAGGAGGCCCGAAGAGGGCACCAGAUCCUCCGGAACUGGAGUUACAGCAGCUGUGGAGGUGCUGGAGAGCAAACCUGGGUCCCCUGCAAGCGCAGCCAUCACCCUAUCUGCUGAUCCAUUGCUGCGUUUCAGUCUGCAGCUUUCUUACCUGUGAGGCUUGCUUUGUUAGUUGUUUUUUUUUUAACCCACGCUGAUCUCAAAUCUGUGGGCAAUUCUCCUGCCUCAGCCUCUAGGCUGUGGUGUGUGCCACUGUGUCCAGCCGGGGUAGCAUUUACUCUUCCGUUAAUCUGUCUCUUCUGAUCCUAUCGCAGCAGCUGCAGCUGUCCCAAACCGAAAUCACCAGUCCUCUUCAAAGCCUUCUGUCUGGAGGCUCGAGCCGUAGCUCGCUGGAGCCGUAGCUCGCUAGCAUAGAGCAAGGCUGGAUUUGUCACCAGCGCUUGCAGGGACUGGGUAGGGAGCUUACAAAAGAGCCCUUUCCCCUUUAUCCAUCACAUUCUAACUGUUCCUGUGCAGUUCCCAUACUCAGUGUCAAUCAAGGUUUUGUAGCAGGAUACAGGCUCUUCCUGGUUAAUCUCACGCUUUGACACCAAAGUGACCUCUUAACCUGCUGCUUUGGCCUGCUGCCUCAGUGACCAGUGGGGGUAGUUUCUUCCCACAUUCUUCCUCCCUAGCCAGCUUUAGCUUACUGGCACAGCCAUAUCUAAUAGGAACAGCAAAAAUCAUAAAGCCCGCACAGUUGCUUGACAGAGGUCCAGCAAGGCCGAGCCACGUGUUGCUACUGCUCUCUCGCCGGUUUUCACUUUUGGUCUUGAUCUCCACGUGUUGCAUGCUUGGGAGCUUUUAAUAUUUGUACAACUUGGGGAUGUUGGAGCGAUGGGAGAUUUCUGUGGCUCAAUUACGCCUUCUCCCAGGAGUACUGCUUCUGCGCUUCCCCAGGGAACCCCAAGCCUACUACCCUUCCUGCUUUAGGGAAGUGGCUCAGGAGGCCCUACUUGAAGGCCUCCCUCGUGCUCUGGAGGUUGUGACUCAUAAAGAUGCCAGAGACCUCCUCAUGAGGCCCCUGCUCCAAGACAGUCUGGAAACAUCUGCCUCCGUACUUACCCAGGAACAGGAUAGUCGAAACAGGGUAAACUUAAAAAGGUAAACAAGAUUUGGUGGGCUAGAGGAGUCGGCAGCAGAUCAGAUCACAAGCCUCUUCCUACGCGGCACAUCGGAUUGGGGGAUGCAAAUGCUUUACUUCUCAAGGAAAAGCUAGAACAACAAAGUUAGGUUGGCGGAGUUCUCUCUGCCCUACACUGGGUCUUUUAUGCUGAUGGACGAAGAAUGGUGUGGAUAAAGAAAAUAGAAAAAAGUGUUAAGACCACCCCCUUUCCUAGAAAAGUUAGCUGGGGCAGGACCACUGUGGUGUUGUAUGACCAAGGAACAAAAGAAUACUGAUUAGACAUAUUAAGGGAAUAAGUCUUUCUGCAGCAGCCCUUGGUUCUCAGACCAAGAGACUUUGGAUUUGGGUAACUGGGAUGGAGUCGGGAGAGAUAGUCAGGUCUGGUAUCAAGAAUGUGGACCUGAAGCUACGCCAGUUGAGACUUUUUUAUUGGAAUGUGCUUACACAGGCUUUGGGUCCUGAGAAACCACAUACUUUGCCUUGUCCUUCAGCUGCUCCACGUGAGAACACUCCAUUAUUGAAUAACAAGCCCCAAAAUAAGUCUUCCAGUACAUUCCCUGUUUCUGAUAAAGUAUUCAAAAUUGAAGAAAAGAAGGAGGAAGAUGAGCCUCUCUCCCCUGAUGAGGAAGCAGAUUUGGAGAAUGGGUUGCAAAGUAUCACAAUCCAGAUUGGCCUUCUUGAACCUCCAAGACUCUGUCCUAAUUUACCAAGCCUAAACAAGGACGAGUAUUGUUGCUUCUUCAGUAGGAUUUACAGGAGGUCCUAAGCAAGCCCGUCAAUUGGAGGGCAGCUUGGAUGCUUCCCCGUCUUCUUUAACAGUGAAUGGGGCGAGGCACCCUCAUGGAAGGCCAUGUCUUAUAAAGGCCAUCUUAAGCAGGCCGCUGCAGAUGAUGGCCCUCCCUCUCCACAUACAAUCAUUUAGUAGGAAGAUGACCCCUAUGAUUGGUUUCGGGUUGCUAGGUCAUGUUUCUCUGGAGGGAACUUUUAUUAAGUGAAAUAUGAGGCUAACUGAGGUUGCUUCUCAAAAAAUUGCCAAAACGUGAAUGAGAGUGCCCAUGGAUGGGCUAAUGGGACCUGGGGACUGGACUUUGGUGUUGACCUCAGUCACAGCUGACUGCUUAGCUGUUGCUGCAUGGAGGCUCCCCUCCGCCGAGGCUGCAGGCUCAGCUGAUAGAGGCAAAAGGCAGGUGAACCUUGGAAGCCUUCCGGACCUGGUUGACGGGCGCAGUACAUAAACCUGCCCCACAAGGUGGCGCUGCACAGAAUCAAGCAGUUGCCCUUCGAGAACCUGAACCUAUUGCUGGACCUUGCUGAGACCACUUAGAGAAACAGCAGGUCGCCUGUGGAGCUUUGUUUGUCUGGACCCCACAGUUUUGCAUGGAGAAAUAUUGAAAAGAGCUGACCAGUUCCUGCAGUCCUGACACAAUGGCCCUGGCCCAGAUGUCGGUGACGUUCAGGGAUGUGGCUGUGGACUUCUCACAGGAAGAGUGGGAGUUCCUGGACCCUGCCCAGAAGAGCCUGUACAGGGACGUGAUGUGGGAGACCUACAGCAAUUUCCUCUCGCUGGCAGGACCUUCCAUUUCUGAGAGAGAGAUGAUUGCCUUACUGGGUGAAGGAGGGAAGGAGCCUGAGGUGGCUGUAGAAGGGAGAAGACACUGUCCUGGUCUGGAGUCCCGAUUCAAGACAUCCUCGUCCUCAGACCGGGACGUUUACGAAGUACGUUCAUUGAAGUGGGAGUUGGUGGAGAAAAUGAAAGGCCUCACCCCGCAGGCUUCUGGCCUGGGACGCGACUGGGACUGUGAGAGCGGGGCUGAGCGGCAGGGGCAGCCGCGGGAGGGCGGCCUCGCGCAGUUGAAAACGACCCCCGAGCAGGCCCCGCUGGCAGAGCGCGGCCUCCUGUCCGGGUGUCGGAGGGCGGGGAGCGGGGAGAGGGCGCACGCGUGCGCGGACUGCGGCAGGACCUUCGUGCGCCGCUCGACGCUCAGCCAGCACGUGAGGGUGCACACGGGCGAGAAGCCGUACCGCUGCCGGGACUGCGGGCAGCCCUUCCGGCAGCGCGCGCACCUGCUCCGCCACCGGCGGCUGCACACCGGGGAGAGGCCGCACGCCUGCGCCGACUGCGGCAAGGCCUUCGCCGUGCCCCAGGAGCUCGCGCAGCACCGGCGGCUGCACACCGGGGAGAAGCCGUACGCCUGCGCGGCCUGCGGCCGGGCCUUCCGGGUGCACCAGCAGCUGGCCCGCCACCAGCGGGUCCACACCGGGGAGAGGCCGUACGCCUGCGCGGCCUGCGGCCGGGCCUUCCGCCAGGGCACGCACCUCGCCCGGCACCGGCGGCUGCACGCCCCCGGCAGGCCGCCCCGCUGCGCGGGCUGCGGCCCCGACCCGCGCGUCCCCCGGGAGAGCCACCCGGGCGCCAGGCCCCACGCGUGCGCCGACUGCGGCAAGGCCUUCCGCGCGCGCCGGCAGCUGGCCGCGCACCGGAGCGUGCACACCGGCGAGAGGCCGCACGCGUGCGCCGACUGCGGCAGGGCCUUCCGCCUGCGCCAGCAGCUGCUGCGCCACCGGGGCGUCCACGCCCGCCAGAGGCCCCACGCGUGCCCGGAGUGCCGGAAGGCCUUCGGCAGCGCCUCGCAGCUCGCCGCCCACCGCAGCGUGCACGGGGGCCGGCGGCCCCACGCCUGCGCCGACUGCGGCAAGGCCUUCCGCCUGCCCUCGCAGCUCGCGCAGCACCGCAGCGUGCACACGGGCGAGAAGCCCCACGCCUGCGCCGACUGCGGCAAGCCCUUCCGCCUGCCCGCGCAGCUCGCGCAGCACCGCAGCGUGCACACGGGCGAGAAGCCGCACCGCUGCGGGGACUGCGGCAAGGCCUUCCGCCUGCACUCGUUCCUCGCCCAGCACCGGAGGGUGCACACCGGGGAGAAGCCGUACCGCUGCGCGCGCUGCGGCCGGGCCUUCCGCCAGCACUCCCACCUCACCCAGCACCACAGGACCCACAGCGCCGCCUAGCCGCCCUCGGCCUGCUUCAGGCUAGAAGACUGCCGCGCUGGGGCCUCCCUCGCUCCGCGGCUCGGGGCGCCGGCAGACCCCUGCGAAGAACAGCCCGAGGGCCGCGGAGACUCACCUGCUUCCUUUGCUCCAGCUGCUCCCUUC